AUGAAUAUUUCUAUGUGUUUAGUCCUCUGCAUGUUGUUAGUGUCCGUUGGAGUCAACAUGGCGAAUGAAGAAAUACAGAAAGACAGUGGACAUAUUAAGAAGCUUAUAAAAAGAGCACCGCCAUGUGCAUAUAAGAUUUGCAGAAUUCGUCGAUGCUGCAAUGGGUAUAUCUGUACUAACGGAUUCUGCAAGAUGUGUGCAGGAAGAGAUUGCAAAUCUAAUACAGACUGUUGUAAAGGAUAUACCUGUUCUUACAAGAAAUGUAUUAAACGAAAUGGAGGUGGAUUCGCAGUCUGGAACGAUGACGUCGAAUAA